AUGACUAUAGGCUGUGCAAAAGCUCCCAACCUGGGAGGUUUCAUGACUUGCCGCUUUAUUGCUGGUAUAGCUGGUUCUGCUCCGUUGACAAUCGGGGGCGGCACGAUUGCCGAUGUGACCUACCCGAACAAUAGAGCCAAAGCAAUGGCGGGUUGGGCUCUUGGGCCUCUCCUCGGACCCGUCCUUGGUCCAAUUGCUGGUGGCUUCAUAAGUGCUAAUCUAGGCUGGCGAUGGACGUUCUGGAUACUUACAAUUCUGAGUGGUGUUAAUACCAUCAUCUGCGCCUUGUUCAUGCGAGAGACCUAUGCACCAACCAUCUUAGCCCAACGAGCCGCGCGACUUCGCAAGGAGACUGGCAAUGAGAAACUUCGGCCAGCUGGAGCUCGCUCUAUCAGCACCUCGACCCUUAUCCUGCAGACCAUCACCAAGGCCAUCACCAUGCUCUUUACCAGUACCGUUUUGUUCGUACUGUCACUGUUUAAUGCCUUUGCAUUUGGGCUUCUAUACCUUCUAUUUACUACCUUCCCCCAGGUCUUCGAAGGUCAGUACAGCUUCAGCACCGGCGUCUCCGGCUUGAGUUACAUUGGAAUCGGUAUCGGCAUGUUCAUUGGUCUCUUUACCUUCGGUAUUACCGAUAAAAUAAUGAACGGCAAAAAUGCAGCUCCCAAGCCUGAGACUAGGAUCGUGAUGACAAUGGUUGCAACUCCACUGCUUGCGGUUGGCUUGUUCUGGUACGGUUGGUCCGCAAAGGAGAAGGUCCACUGGAUUGUUCCAAUAAUAGGAACCUCCUUCGUCGGAUUCGGUAUCUUGGCUAUCAUGCUGCCCUCUCAGCUAUAUGUUGUGGACCUUUUUGGCGCAGAAGGGGCUGCUUCAGCUCUUGCCGGGCUCGCUGUGUUCCGCUCUUUGUUUGCUGCAUUCCCUCCUUUGGCCGGACCUCCUAUGGUUCUUCCUCCACUCCUUUACCGGCCGAGCAGUCAUGGACAAGACGCCGAGACGCCGAGCCCACGGGCAAAGGUCACGCACUGGAUGUCUACCAUGCCGCAUCCAGAAGAUCAAGUGCGACGAAACCCAACCCUGCUGUCAACAAUGUUUCGCGCCUCUGAUCCUGGUCCUGGAACAACUCAGAAGCCGUCAAAGCCACCAGAACCUGACCUGAUUGAUAACAGUUGCCGCGAUGUCGACGACGACAGUUUCAACACCCAUGGCAGAUCUUGGCACUUACUUACUCGUGAAGAUACCGUGGCUCUAGGUCUUGACGUGAGUGCCGAGACGCCCAGCGACCCCAGCCCAAUGUCAAAUACUGUCUAUGACGCGGGUUGCAUUCUGGCACAACUGGCGAGCCCACCCGCGGUCCAUCUUAGUGAAGCUCAACCUCACAGGGCGAGUGUAGCCACCACGCCCGACAAAUCGGGCACAAUGAGCUCAUCUGCAUCAAACGGCAUGGCAGUGCAACCAGAAGCGCCUGGCCGGGGAUUCAACAUUCCAGAGGCAUCGGACUUUAUCGUCUCGCCCUCUACCGUUCAAACAUACGACAGUUUUCUGCAUUUACCAGCAAUGAUCGCGACGCAUGCUCUCACACCAUCCGAAGACCGCACAAAUGCCAGAGGCGUGCCUUCGGCGAAUAUGAUAGACCAGAAAUCGGAGAUUAUACCAACCGACCCUGAGCUGUCCUUUUUCUUGAGGCAGUUUGCUGACACAAUGGGAAACUGGAUGGACUUGUUCGAUAUGGAUCAGCAUUACCAUAGAGUCAUUCCAAUACUCGCAUGGAGUAGCCCACUUCUUCUCUAUUCUGCUUGUGCCGUGGCAGCCAAGCAGCUCACUUUAGUUGAACCCACUCCACAGGAACUGAAGCCACGGUCCCAUAUGCAGUCCUGGCAAGCCGGUUCCCAUGAGGAUUUUGCAUGGCAUAGCACCAAGUACUACGAUCGUGCCAUCUCGUUACUAUUGAGGUAUGUUUCCAACCUCAGUUCAGGAGAUUCUGGGGCGGUAGCUUCAGAGCAACAAAACGACAAUGAUCACGAUCCCAAACCAUGUAGAAAUGAGAUUAUCAUAGCGGCCACCAUCUUAUCAGUUUACGAGUUUCUCACUGCCAGUGACCAGACGUGGUCUGAACACCUUGAUGGUAUCCGAUCUUUCAUUCGUCUAUCGGACGAACUGGGCUUCAAUUUUCAGCCGACAUCAGCAAGCCCUAUUCUCGAUCCUCUGCCACCGAGUCUUCUACGAGCUGCCUGUUGGAACUUUGCACGGCAGGACUUUCUUGCAGCUUUGAUCAAUGGCCACAAGACUCGCCUCGAUACCGAAAAUCCAGUUAUCUGGCGGCGAAUGGGUCUAAGCGUCUCUGAAGAUGGGAGACCAAUGGCCCACGUGCAUUCCAGUUCCCCAGAAGAUGCCUGUUCGCAGGCUUUACGGCCUGACAUAAUAUCCAACACACUUGUAUGGCUUCUCUCAAAGCUAGCCAACUACGUUGCGCUUGCUACCGACUCAAGACAGCAGGCAGACUCGACGAGAGUUCUAGAGGCUACGUGGCUCUCUUUGAAUGAGGACUUUGGAACAUGGCAUCAAGGGCUACCCUCUAGCUUUCGACCAUCAUACCGGAUACUCCUCUUGAUCCACAAGCCGGAGAGCCUAGCAGUUCCUGUUUCACGACCCUCUGCCUCAGGGAGCCCCGCCGAUGCCUUAGCCAAGUUUAACCUGAUGAACCGGGUGCUGCAGUAUCAUGCUACAGAGAUAUGUGCUAUUGCCUUAUCUAGGCCGAAGGAAGCCGCGAGAAUACAUAUGUUGCAGCCUGUUUACCUCGCGGGCCGUUGUCUACACAACAAAACUGAUCGUGCUAUUGUUCUUAUGCUGCUUGAGUCCAUUGAGACCGAGUUAGGGUGGAGCUCACAAUACCGGGUGAAGGACUUACUUAGAGAAUGGGGCAUGGAUCGGAACGAGAUCGUGGAUUGCUGUGAUUGA